UUUUCGGUUACAAUUUAAUGGAAAGACGAAAAAAUUAAUUAAUAUUGCACGAGUCGACCAAAUUAAAUUAGUCAAAAACAAAUUAGGCACCAUCUCAUCCCUUCAGCUUUUGGAAAACUUUUUAACUGCUUCUUUUUCUCUGCUUGAUGGUGGAUAAUGAACACUAUAAGUGAAGCGAUUUCCCCUCAACAUUUGUCGAAAAAGGAUACUCGGUCCCAGCAUCAUCAGCAUCAACAGUUUCAAUAUCAGUAUCAGUAUCAAAAUAACUUGGGUAGAUCGACACCUCCGUUCUCCAAAGUAAAUUAUAAUAAUCCAUAUAUACAUACCUUCAAUUCUGAGUGGAUUGAUACUCCAGAUAAUUCACCAUCUCGAUAUUCCAAAUUUUACGAUCACAAUACUAAUAUAAAUAUGUCAUCAACUACUACAACUAAAUUGGAAACUCCAAAUAAGUUAAAGAACUCUGGUGCUCUAUCCUUCAAUUAUGUUACCCCAGUUAGCGAAUCUAAAAAUCAUGAUGUUGUCACUGUAAAUGAAAAACCAUUAAGUCGAAAUUCUAGUCCAAAUGAAACUGAAGAAGAGGAUACUUCGGCUAUGGUUAAUUCAAAGAAACACCAGGUUAAAAAUUUUGAUAUUUUUUGGGCAAUGCUCAAUAAUAUAACUGGUAAAGAUAAAAUGGCUAAAUUGGGUCAAUAUUCUUUAAGGCUUCUACUUAAUUAUGCUUCGAGAACUGAAAAUUAUUUAAGUAAUGAUUCAAUUAAUAUUGAGAUUAUAAAUAAGCGUUAUAACGAUAAUGAAAAAAAAUUAAAUUUAAUUAAGAAUUUCAUUAAACAUCCAAGUGAUUUUAUCAGAAUUAUUAUAAUCCUAGUUGUUUCAAUAUUUCAAUCAAAAUUUUCGGGUUUGGCUAAAGGCUUAGGUACUUAUAGACAAUUUCUUAGAUUCGGGAAAUCUCCUUUUAGAAUACGUCAAUUAUAUAAUAAUUUUCUUGAUAAUUAUGAUGUUAAAUCAAAGCAAAUUAAUCCGGGGUUUUUCAAUAAGGAUGUUUUGGGUGAUUUAAUUGGGUUAUAUUAUAAUAUGAAUGAUGAAGCUACAUUAUUAUUCAAAUUAAAUGUUUUAAGUAAUAAAUCAUUAAAAUCUUUUGUUUCAAGACAUGAAUCAUUAGCUUGGUACUACGAUUCAUGGUUAGCAUUGUUCAAUGCAUUUAAUAAAUUACAAGAUUAUUCAAAACAAGAAAUGGAUAUCAAAAUACAAAUUCAAGUUAAGAAAAGAGCCAAAAUAUUAUCCAAACAAUUAUUAGGAGGUACUGCAAUUCGUACAAUUGAUUUACAAAAUUCAAAUUCAUCAUUAAUUGAAGAUUCAAAAGAUGAAAUUAAGUUGAAAGAAAUUCAAUUCAAUAAACAAAAUUCUUAUCUUGAUAUUUACAAGAAUAUAUCCGAUAUUAUAUUUAACUCAUACACUGUCUUCAAUAUUAAAUUACCUUUUGAUACUUUACAAAUAUGGAUGGGUAUUAGUGCUUCAGGUUUAAGCACUAUUAAAUUAUAUCGUGAAAUUAAAAAGAAAUUAAUUGAAGAGUCAAUCACAAGAAAAUCAUGA